AACAGUAGAGACCGUUGGGAGAUAGAAGAUUCAAAAUGGAGGUUUGGAAUUAGGUUUGGAAAGCCGUUUGUCUCUAGUUUCUUGAGUCGUGACGAUUCCGAUUCGAAUUUUCCUCCUCUCUUCAAUCCACACAGUAACUAGGGCGGAAGCAGAGAAAGGGUGUUAUGGAAACGGAAGGUGGUGGCACUGUCGUCCUCAACUCCAAUUCCGACGCCGUUGGAGGUGUAAAAGCAAAGAGAGUGAAAGUGGUGAAAAGAGAUUCUGUUUAUGUGGGUGUCGGGGUUGGAGUUGGAGUUGGAGCUUCCCAAAACAAAAUUCUUGCUGAUGUAACCAACUUGCACCAACAACAACCAAAGCAGCAAGUCUCUGCUGAAAACCUUCUCAAGGAAAAGGAAAUGUUAGUGAAGGUUCUUGCUAGUAAAGAUUCGUUCAUACAAUCUUGUAAAGCUGAGCUACAGAAGUGUCAAACCAAUUUUCAGAAACUAAGGAUGCAAAAUGCGGAACUUGCCCUCACAAAUAGUCAAAUGCUGGCGGAGGUUAAUUCAAGUAGACAGAAGCUCAGGGAACUUCAGCUUGAACUAGGAAUUAAAAAUGGGAUACUCAAUGCUAUGAAAUUAGAAUUGACGGAAAAAGAGCACACAGUUAAUUUGAAGCAUGAAACUAAAGUUAAUGAGGUGAAUAAGCAGUCAGAUCAGUCAGAUAACCGGGGGAAUGCUAAAAGGAGGAGAGUGUUCAAACCUCGAUCCUCUGCACCUGCCGUAAGUAAACAAGUCAAAUCCUUGGAAAAGAUCGACAACCAAAGGUAUAGUUUGAGAAGGCAAUCCACUGGGUUGAAAGACGAAAAACCAGAACCAACAGAAGAUUUCAUGGAGGUUGUUGAAGUACACGAUGAUAUUUCAAAGGCCAAUGAAAGUGGGACAACAUCAUUGGGGUCCAAGGUUCAUGACGAAGCCAGGGAAACUACAGAAUCUUCAAGACCUACUAACACCGAACCAAUUCACACCAAAAAGAACAUUGAAAAGAAGAGGAAAAGUACGAGAAGACAAACUAACAGGUUCAAGCCAGAGAAUCCAGAGCCAACAGAGGACUUAUUUGUGUUAGAUGAUGCAAAAUUUAAUGUCUCCCAAAUAUCUGAUGAUAUGUCAGAAAAAUGUUGUCCAACGUCAACAAUAACUUCUGGACAAGAGAACAAUUCCUGUUCAUUUGUGUCUGGGGAAACUCGCAGAUCAUCUGUUGGGCGGCCAUUGCGUCGGACAGUUGAGAAGGUUGUGUCCUACAAGGAAGUUCCGCUGAAUGUGAAGAUGCGUAGAGAUAAAUCAGGUAAUUUCAUUGUGAACAACUCUGCAUGAGAAUGAAGUGGAAACUGCUCAUGCUGGAUAUCCAGUUACAUAGUACAGUGGUGGUAGGGUUCUGUUGAUUUUUUGAAUUGUAGCUUCUUGUGUUAGGGCCUUGCAUAAUUGAAAACUGAUGUGCGUUAUUAUGAUAAAAGGAAGGAGUGAAUCAUGUGGGUAGAGAAUCA